ACCACAGGUUUCUCAAUGUCCUCUUCCCCUACCAGCCCGCACCAUGUCACCCGAAAUGGGGGCAUGUGCCCCUCAAGUGAUCCUUGUGAUCACUUUUCCGAAGAGAUUGCCACCCCUGCAUCUCCAAUGCCUGAAGCAUCCCAAUGCGCCGUCCUUUCCCCCGACACAAACACAUUGGCUGACGGAUCCGCCCAGCAAGGCAUCGCAAUAUUGAAUGAAGAUGCCAGCGUGUCGGGUUUCGGGGAAGUGCAACAAAUGGAUGUGGACAAGGGAAGGGGGAAGGAGGAAGACGCUGUGUGCCGCGUUUGUCAUACUGAAGCCGAACCGACCGAGGGCCGCCCACUUUAUCACCCCUGCCUGUGUCGCGGCUCCAUCAAGCACGUGCACCAGGACUGUUUGAUGCGAUGGCUGCAGGCGUCCAGCAACACGGCCAAGAAAUGUGAAUUGUGUGGGGCUUCCUUUGCCUUCACGGCCUUGUACGCGCCGGGGGCUCCGGCCCAGUUGACCUCGUGGGAGAUGGUGCAAGGACUGAUG